CCUGUCAUAUCAGGCCCUAGGAGCUCCGUCCGUCAUGUCAUCCACUUCCUACUCUCAUACCCAAAUUGCACCCAAUUUUGACAUCAACAACAACUGAGAUAUAAGAUAAUGUCGAUUGACCUGAACUGGGAGACGCUCACUAGCGGCCCCGAUGGCGACGCCCUCGCUGAGCGCAUACGGGAAUUCGUCCAUGAGAAAUUCCAGACAGUUCCGUUACCAAAAUUCAUUCGCUCAGUAAACGUCCACGGUUUCGACUUUGGGACCAUCCCUCCACAGCUUGAGCUCAAGGACAUUACAGAUCCUCUACCUGAUUUCUACGAAGAGGACCUGGACGAUGAUGAAGAGGACAGCGAAGAAGAGCCAUCACCUCCUCUGCCCCCAGAGCCAACAAGGAUGAGGCCUGGACCUACACCGUGGGGAGGAUCAACGAGGAGAGGUGGUGGACUGAGGAGCGAGGUAUUAAGGAAUGAGAUGAUGGGCCAUGAUUUGGGAAGUCCGUUCCUAGGAACUUCAACGCCAGGAAUUCUAGGAGGAUCGGGAUUGGGUUAUUUCCAGAGCCAUCUUGGAACAGGCACACAUACGCCUUUGGCGGCUGUUGCAAGUGCGCAUCAUACUAACUGGAUGAGCGUCCCGGGAACACCAGCACGCGAAUGGGGAGCCCCAAGUCACACACGGAACCCAUCACAGAGCAGCCUGACUUCUGUUGAUAACUUCAAGUCCAGCCUUGACCCGCUGCAGAGUCUGCGUGAGAAGGGAAGCGUCUCUACGCUGGCGCCUACGUCAGUGGAGGCGUCGCGGCCGCCAACGAGAGAUACACAUCUUGGCGGCUCGGCGAUUGAAGACGACGAUGAAGAGGAGGGAGAAGAAGAAGCAGGGCGGCGGCCAAGAGAACCUCGUGUUGAGGACGUGCAAGCCGUCUUUAGGAUACGCUACAAUGGUGACAUACGCUUGAACCUUACUGCGGAGAUCCUACUCGACUAUCCCAUGCCAAGUUUUGUGGGUAUUCCUUUAAAACUCAACAUUACAGGCUUGACGUUUGAUGGCGUGGGAGUAUUGGCGCAUAUUCGCAAGCGAGUACACUUUUGCUUCCUCGGUCCAGAUGAUGCGCUCGCAGCUGUUGGACCCGAUGAUACUAAAGAGGAGGGGGGUUCGAGCACUUCUACAGCAGAUGCCAAGAAUGAACAUCACAAACCACGAUUUGGGGGACUUCUACAAGAGAUUCGCGUGGAGAGCGAGAUUGGAGAACGGGUUGGCGGAAAGCAGAGCUUAAAGAACGUGGGCAAAGUCGAGAGAUUCGUGCUAGAACAGGUCAGAAGGAUUUUUGAGUCGGAAUUCGUCUAUCCCAGCUUUUGGACGUUCUUGGUAUAAUGGACCAUGGAUCAUGAGGAUGAUCGCUGUGGGUAUAUAGAGAAAGCACACCACUUCUAAUAACCAUGCGGACAGGCAUUGGCGCAAGCAUCUUUGCUCAAAACAAGGAUAUAUACAAAAUCAUCAGGUCACAGCACAUCAUGUCAACGUCCUUCUGAAUCCCUGGUACGCCUGCUGAAUAUCCAGCUCCAGCUCGCGCGCCUGGCCCUCACUCAACUCAUCAGUCGCUCUCAUCUGGUUGAGCGUGAUAAGCCAUUGCACGAUCUUGCCGCGGUUCUCAAAGUCUUUGUCCGUGACACGGUUCACCGAUUGGAUGACGUCGGAAAGAAGAGGGUGUAGUUGAUCCUUGGAAAGGAGACCGAGCUUAACGGCAUCGAGAAAGGUGAUGAAUUCUUGGGUGGCUUCGAGAAUGAGAACACCGCUUGUGUUGUUGGCUGCGGCGGGGGCGGGAGUUUGUGCCGAGGGGGCUCGAUCGAUGGUCGUUGAGGGCAUUCCUACACGAAUGCGCUCGGUUGCGCGAGGGGCUUCGAGCUAUUCAAUUAUCAGUUCUGGGUUAAUAGGAGCUGUCGGGAUAUUAUAGAGCGUCAUACGUCCCACUUGGCCUUGAAUUCCUCAAGAUCUCCAAACUCCCUCGCGAUCGUCUCAUCAGCCAGCAGCGCCUUAUACUGCCUUAACGAUCGCUCGCAGAUCUCAGUAUACUCUGCUUCAGGGACGGCAUCUUUUAAAAAGGCUUUUUCGAGUUCAUCGAGAGUUAUUAUAAUGCUGAAGAGUUCGGCGAGGGAUUCUUGAAGGUCGCGCUCGGCACGGGUGUUGGUGAGCUUGACUUCCUACACUUGGCGGUUAGCUACGGUAAUGGAACAACUCGAAGCAAGAUGAAGCAUACCUCGUCGAGAUUUAUACUUGCUGAAAGACUUGUAUUGGGUACAUAGCUAUGAGGAGUUGGCGCGUAGCCUUGUCUUGGGAUCAUGGUGAAAGAGGCAUUGGCUUGAUCAAUGCCUAUAAUGGAAUACCAGUAAUACGGCGCAAUAAGAGAAAGCUCCAAGUGGGAUGCCUACUAGACAUGGCUGCAUGUUACGUAGGGGAGCGGCAGAAUCCCCACACCGCCUGACGUUUACGUCCACCAUCUCUUAUCGAUAAGCGUGCAGC